CUGAGCCGAGCGGAGCCGGGGCUACCGGCGGAUAAGGGGCGGGGCCUGCGCCCAGCCGACCGCAGCCCCGCAGGGUCAGACCUUCGGCCCAGAAGCCGCGGGUCCCCCGUGGGGAGAGGAAGGGCCCGACCCCCGCCCAGCGCGCACGCGCAGCGCCUCACCUGCCUGCUGGCGCUCCGCGCCCCCUCAGGAAGUGCGGGCCUCAGUGGAGCGCGGAGGAAGUGCCGGAGGCGGGGGAGAGAGGAGUGCGGGGAGGCGACGGCUAGGGGUGCUGGGGUUCCUGUCAUAUGACCCCUCCCCUCGGCUCUCUCGCAGCCCCGCCGGGAGUGGCGGGAGCCAGUCGGAGGACGGUCUCUAGGUCCCUUGUCCCCAGAGAUGCUGAGGCAGUGGUCGGUGCAGGCCUCAGGGGAGCCAGAACCUGAGCCGGCCGGCGAGGAGCUGUGGGAGCAGGAGAUGGAGCGGCUGUGCUCCUCCCAGGAACCUGUGCGGGUGCUGCCCUACGCCAUGGUGGACAAGCGCUUCAUCCGGCAGCUGCGGGAGCCUGAGGGGGUGAAGACCUCGUGCUGGCAGCAGUGGCGUCGCAGGCAGCAGACUGCAGGACGGCGCCUGGGGGAGGCAGCACGGCGGCUGGCCCGGGGCUGUGGUCUCUGGGAGGGGGCUCUCUACGAGAUCGGGGGCCUCUUUGGCACCGGAAUCCAGUCCUACUUCACCUUCCUUCGCUUCCUGCUGCUGCUUAACCUCCUGACCCUUCUUCUGACCACCAGCUUCGUCCUGCUGCCCCUGACCUGGCUCCGCCCCCCUGACAGAGGACCUGCUCUGAACUUCACCCUCCAGUGUCCUGGUGGCCACCAACCCCAGACUGGUGUUCCCAAGUUCAACAAUCUACUUUGGAAUGUUUUAACCGGCAGGGCCUUCAACAACACCUAUCUCUUUUACGGCGCGUACCGAGCGGGGCCUGAGAGCAGCUCAAUAUACAGCAUCCGCCUGGCCUACUUACUGAGCCCACUGGCCUGCCUGCUCCUCUGCUUCUGUGGGAUUCUACGGCGGAUGGUGAAGGGGCUGCCACAGAAGAUGUUCCUGGGCCAGGACUACAGGUCACCUCUCAGCGCCAAGGUCUUCUCUUCCUGGGACUUCUGCAUCCAGGGGCAGGAGGCAGCCACCAUCAAGAAGCAUGAGAUCAGCAACGAGUUCAAGGUGGAGCUGGAGGAGGGGCGUCACUUGCUGAUGGUGCAGCAUCAGACCCGGGCUCAGAGGGCCUGCCACCUGCUCACCUACCUGCGGGUCAACAUCCUCAUCGGGCUCCUGGUGGUUGGGGCCAUCAGUGCUAUCUUCUGGGCCACCAAGUACUCGCAGGACAACAAGGAGGAGUCCCUGUUUCUGCUGCUCCAGUACCUGCCCCCUGGGGUCAUCGCCCUGGUCAACUUUCUGGGUCCCCUGCUGUUUGUUUUCCUGGUCCAGCUGGAAAACUACCCUCCCAACACUGAGGUCAACCUCACCCUUAUCUGGUGUGUGGUGCUGAAGCUGGCCAGCCUGGGAAUGUUCUCCUUCUCGCUGGGGCAGACUUUGCUGCGCUUUGGCAGAAACAAGACCAGCUGUGAGUCCUACGGCUACAACGCAUGUGACUACCAGUGCUGGGAGAACUCGGUGGGGGAGGAGCUGUACAAACUCAGCAUCUUCAACUUCCUCCUCACGGUGGCCUUCACCUUCCUUGUCAGCCUGCCUAGGAGGCUGCUGGUGGAGCGGUUCUCGGGCCGGUUCUGGGCCUGGCUGGACCGGGAGGAGUUCCUGCUGCCCAAGAACGUGCUGGACAUCGUGGAGGGACAGACAGUCACCUGGAUGGGCCUCUUCUACUGCCCCCUGCUGCCCCUGCUUAACAGCAUCUUCGUCUUCCUCACCUUCUACAUCAAGAAGUACACCCUGCUGAGGAACUCCAGGGCGUCCCCUCGGCCAUUCCGCGCCUCCAGCUCCAUCUUCUUCUUCCAGCUGGUGCUCAUCCUGGGCCUGCUCCUGGCCGCUGUGCCCCUGGGCUAUGUGGUCAGCAGCAUCCGCUCCUCCUGGGACUGUGGCCUCUUCACCAACUACUCAGCCCCCUGGCAGGUGGUCCCAGAGCUGGUGGCCCUCCGGCUCCCACCCCCUAGCCAGCGCAUCCUCCACUACCUGGGCUCCCACGCCUUCAGCUUCCCCCUCCUCAUCCUGCUCAGUCCCAGGCCAGCGCGAGGGCCAUCCGGGGGCUCCGGAAGCAACUGGUGUGGGCACCCUACACAACCUCCUGUGAUUCCUCCUUCACGUGUGAGACCACUGAGACCCACAGACGUUAUGAGUCAGCAAGGGGCAGAGCUCAGAUCUGACCUGCAUCAGGAGACACUCCGAGUGUGGGCCCCGGGAGGUAGCGGAGCCCGCUGCCCAGGAAGGCAGGGCUGCAUCCAAGAUUCCCAAGCCUCCGGUGCCGAGGCUGCAGAGGUUCUCAAUCUGUGGUUCUCAGCCUUGGAGAACUCCUGAGAAGCCCCGUCAGAUGCUGGCCCUGUGCCAGCGAUUCUGACGCAAUUGGUCCAGGUGCAGCCAGCAGCCAGACAUCUGGACUUUCUAAAGCUCCCAGGUGACCCUCACCGGCAGCCAGGGUUGAGGAUUGCUGGCCUAAAGAGCCGUCAGGAGGGAAGGUCAGGAGAAGCCCCAGGACGUGCUUGAUGAGGCUCCACUUCCAGCAGCAGGAGGCCAGCGCCUGGCUGGAUUCCCAGCCUGGACACGGCAUCUGGGCGGCUCUGGCCCGGCGCCCUCAGUCCAGGGGCUUCACGUGGUCAUUGCAGUCUUGGCUGGUUCAGCUACCUCCUGUCGCUGUCCCUCUCUCUCACUCACCCAGCAUCACAUGACCCAUCCGCCUGUCAACAAGUGCCGGGCCCUGUUCUGGGGCUGGUGAUGAGACUGCGGGAGACACGGGGAGCUACGUG